AUGGAGAGGUUGAUAUGGCUCUUCCUUUUUCUCUUCCAUUUCUUCCUUUAUCAAUCUGCUUGUUCAUCCCCUCUCUCUUCAUCUCCUUCGUUGAAUCAUUCGUGUUCUCCCAAUGACAGAUCUUCACUGCUGCAAUUUAAGCAAAUGUUUAUCAUAGGCAGUUAUGCUUCUUCCAGGUGUGAUGAUCUUGGUUACCUGAAGACACUAUCUUGGAACGAGACUACUAAUACCGAUUGUUGCUCGUGGGAUGGGGUCACGUGCGAUGUGUCCACUGGUCACGUGACUGGGCUUGACCUUAGUUGUAGCAAACUCUAUGGCACCAUCCACCCGAAUACCACUCUUUUCCAACUCUCACACCUCCAGCAACUCAAUCUCGGAUUCAAUCACUUCAACUUCUCCCCCGUUUCACCCUCUUUUAGCCACUUCACGAGCUUAUCGCAUCUCAACCUAUCCUCUUCCUUUCUCUCAGGCUCAAUCCCUUCGGAAAUCGCCCACCUAUCCAAACUCGUUUCACUCGAUCUCACUUCUUCUUGGGAUGAUAUGUCCAAGGCUGGUAUACUAAGACUUGAACCGCACAAUUUCAAAGCCUUGCUCAUGAACCUGACCCAACUAGAAAACCUGAAGCUUAACCUAGUAAACAUAUCUUCGGGUCUACCCGAUUCCUUGCUGAAUUUGUCUUCUCUAGCGACUCUCGACCUUGCUGGGACUAGACUCAAUGGAAAACUACCCGAUUUGAUUGGCUAUCUUGGAUUUUUAAAUUACCUGGAUCUUUCUUCCAACGAACUCUCUGGGCCUCUUCCCGAGUCGCUUGGAAACCUCACGAGGAUUACAGUACUAUAUGUAUCAAAAAACGAUUUGAACGGUCAGGUCCCGUCUACUCUCUCAAAUCUUGAGCAACUCACCUAUUUCAGCAUUGCGGUAAACAAUCUCGACGGUACAAUUCCCGAAUUCUUUUCUAAGCUUACAAAGUUGGAGUAUUUAGAUCUCGCCUUUAAUAAUUUCAACGGCCCAUUUCCACGUUGGGUGGCCAACCUAACACAACUUGUCUUUUUAGGCAUUUCGUCUAAUCCACUUACCGCGGGGCCUAUUCCUAAUUACAACAUAAGUGAAUUUCGAAACCUAAAAAACUUCUUCUUAUCCAAUAUCUCCCUCAACGGAACACUACCAUCGUGGUUGUUUAGUAUUCCUUCAUUGCAACGGUUAGACCUUGGAUAUAACCAGUUGACUGGACAAAUUCAUGAAUUCCAACAUGAUUCACAGUUGGAGUUCAUUAACUUGAGCAACAAUAAACUGCAUGGUCCCAUUCCGCAGUCAAUCUCAAGUCUUGUGAACUUGCGCUACCUCAACCUUUCAUCGAAUAAUCUAAGUGGUGUCGUAGAGCUACAGAAAUUCAGCUCAAACCUUCAAAAUCUUGAUCUUUCGAAAAAUAAUAUCUCAGUGAGCAAUGGUAGUAAUGCCAACGCUACCAUGCCCAAUCUUUCUUUGUUGAGUUUGUCCUUUUGCGAUAUAACCAAGUUCCCAGAAUUCUUACAAAACUCAGCCCCCAAUCUGGUUUUUUUGGAUCUAUCCAACAACAAAAUUCAUGGAGAGAUUCCGAAGUGGGUAGAGGGGAACACUACCUGGCCCAAUCUUUCUUCGGUGGAUCUUUCCUUUAACAAUCUUCAAGGACCACUCCGAGUUCCAUCACCAUCAUUAUCCAGCUUCCUAAUCUCACACAAUAAACUAACCGGAGAAAUCCCUUCAUCAAUUUGCAAUUUGAGUUCCCUACAGAUUCUUGUUUUGUCGAAUAACAACUUAAAUGGUGUUAUUCCACCCUGUUUGGGAAAUGUUAGCAAUCAUCUCGAGGUGUUAGAUCUACGGAGGAAUGGCUUCCAUGGGGCUAUCCCAACAACAUUUGCAAAUGGAAGUGAAUAUUUGAGGAGUCUCAAUCUAAAUGGAAAUCAUUUGGAAGGACCAGUGCCGCGAUCUUUGGCCAAUUGUAAAAGCAUGGAAGUUCUAGAUCUUGGGAACAAUGAUCUAUAUGGUGCAUUCCCUCACUGGCUGGAGUCUCUUCCAGAGUUGCAAGUUCUUGUCUUGAAAUCAAACAGAUUUCAUGGUCCUAUAGGCAGUUUUGGAACUAAAGCUCCUUUCCCUAAGCUUCGAAUUUUCGACAUUUCUCAAAAUAACUUCAUUGGGCUUCUACCGGAACGAUAUUUCCUCAAUUUCAAAGCCAUGAUGAAUGUGGAUAAAUCGAAAACGUCAUCGGAAUACAUGGGAGAUUUCAAUUAUCGAGAUUCUGUGGAGUUGGUUCUGAAGGGGGUUGUAAUUGAACUGGAGUAUAUCCUCACCGUCUUCACAACAAUUGACUUGUCGUACAACAAUUUCAGAGGAGAGAUUCCAAGUGACAUUGGAAAGCUACAAGGACUUCGGUUGCUGAAUCUAUCUCAUAAUACUCUUUCCGGUUGUCUUCCAUCAUUGUUACGAAACAUUACAAUAUUGGAGUCAUUAGACCUCUCUUCAAACCAACUCACUGGGAAGAUUCCAAGGGAGCUAACGAGUCUGACAUUUCUUGCAGUCUUAAACUUUUCGAAGAACCAUCUAGUUGGUCCCAUACCUCACGGAAACCAGUUUGAUACGUUUCAGAAUGAUUCUUACAUUGGAAAUUCGGGAUUAUGCGGAUUACCAUUGUCAAAGAAAUGUGGAGAUAAUGAGGCACCACCACAGCCGAUAUCCCCAUAUGAUGACAACGACAGCGACUUUGCGAGUGGAUUUACUUGGAGGAUCGUGCUGAUGGGGUAUGGAUGCGGAUUGGUAAUAGGAGUGACCAUGGGAUUUGUUAUGUUCUUGACUGGAAGACCUAGAUGGUUUACGAGAAUAGUUGGAAGCGAGAAACCACGCCGGAAGGUGGUAAGAGUAAGCCAGAUUGGUUGGAGAAGAAGUCAUCGAAGUUAGGUGCUGUUUUCUGGAACAAUAAGUGGGAUGGCUACAACCAGUACUUCAAUAAUGUCUCUCGCCGGGCACACUGUGUUAGAAAUUCAGUUAGAAGUUGGAAAGGCCUUUUCUCCUUGGGUUAUGGCCAACUCUAGUGAGUUUGUGUUUACUGUACCCUGUUCUGGCCCAGUUGUAGUUCAACUGGGAUUGUGUCUCUGUAAUUUUUGUUGAAAAAAAAUAAAUUGUACAUGUAAUUUAGGACCUGAACAAAUUUGAAUCUUAACAAAUUUCAACUUUGGAGAAUGAUGAAUGAAAUAUCACCAGUAGAAUUUUCAGUAA